AUGAAGGGAGUAGUCAUAGUGAUGGUUGUGCUAGCCAUGAUUCAGCUCAUGGUGGAGCCAAGCCGGGCCAUCUCUUGUGGCCAGGUUGACGGUUAUUUGGCCCCGUGUGUGCCUUACCUGAUUGGAGGAAGUGGAAGUCCAGCACCUACAUGCUGUGGUGGGGUCAAAAACAUCAAAGGGAUGGCCUCAACCACAGCUGACAAUCGAGCAGCAUGCAACUGCGUAAAGCAAGCUGCCGAUCACUGCUCAAACUUGAAAGAUGAUGCAGCUCAAUCUCUUGCUGCCAAAUGCAGUGUUCAAAUGGAUAUCCCAGUCUCCUGGACCACCAAUUGUGACAUUAUCAAUUAA